AUGCUUAGACCGGUCAUCCACUGGAACUCCCCCAAGAAGCUGCGGGUGAAGAACAAGCACGUGGAGUUUUUCCGCAACCUCUACCUGACCUUCCUGGAGUACGACGGCAACCUCCUGAGGCGAGAGCUCUUCGGCUGCCCCAGUGAAGCUGAUGUCAACAGUGAAAACCUCCAGAAGCAGCUCUCUGAGCUCGAUGAGGAUGACCUGUGUUAUGAGUUCCGGCGAGAGCGGUUCACUGUCCACCGAACCCACCUGUACUUCUUGCACUAUGAGUAUGAGCCCGCUUCGGACAACACGGAUGUCACCCUGGUCGCUCAGCUCUCUAUGGACAGGCUCCAGAUGCUCGAGGCCAUCUGCAAGCACUGGGAGGGACCCAUCAGCCUGGCCCUCUACCUGUCGGACGCCGAAGCCCAGCAGUUCCUCCGCUACGCGCAGGGCUCCGAGGUGCUCAUGAGCCGCCACAACGUGGCCUACCACAUUGUGUACAAGGAGGGCCAGUUCUACCCUGUGAACCUGCUACGCAACGUGGCCAUGAAGCACGUGGGCACGCCCUACAUGUUCCUGUCUGACAUCGACUUCCUGCCCAUGUAUGGGCUCUAUGAGUACCUCAGGAAGUCUAUCAUCCAGCUCGAUCUUGCCAACACCAAGAAGGCGAUGAUCGUCCCUGCGUUCGAGACACUGCGCUACCGGCUGUCUUUCCCCAAGUCGAAAGCGGAGUUGCUGUCAAUGCUGGACAUGGGGACUCUCUUCACAUUCAGGUACCACGUCUGGACAAAAGGCCACGCUCCCACAAACUUUGCCAAGUGGCGGACUGCCACCACGCCUUACCGUGUUGAGUGGGAGGCCGAUUUCGAGCCGUACGUUGUCGUGAGAAGGGACUGCCCUGAGUACGACCGGAGGUUUGUGGGCUUUGGCUGGAACAAGGUGGCUCAUAUCAUGGAAUUGGAUGCCCAGGAAUAUGAAUUCAUCGUGCUGCCCAAUGCCUACAUGAUCCACAUGCCUCAUGCCCCCAGCUUCGAUAUCACCAAGUUCCGGUCCAACAAGCAAUACCGCAUCUGUCUCAAAACCCUGAAGGAAGAGUUUCAGCAGGACAUGUCCCGCCGCUACGGCUUUGCCGCCCUCAAGUAUCUCACGGCUGAGAACAACAGCUAACACCAGGAAGCCCACCACUAGGGGGAGAGACCUGUUCUGCAGGGGGAACGCCACUCGCCGUUUGGGGCCCAGCCUUCAAACUCAAAAUUGAGCAAUGCUUUUUUGGUUUGUUUUUACUUGUCUCUUUGGCCCAACAAAGCCGCCCACACUACAGAGAUCUGGGACAAGGAUCCGGCCAGCGCCUCUCUACUCCACAAUCUGGCACUCCCAGAAUGUGGAAGAACAGCUCGUCGACACAGUCUCUUCAAGAACAGGACACAGAGGAGUUAGAGGGAGCAAAGGGGUUAUCCGACCACAAAGCCACAAAGCGAAGCAGGUCUUUAGGACGUUCUCAUUGCUUUUUAAGAAAGGGAAGUCAGGGUGCUGGGGGUUAGCCAUCCCAGGAAAUAAAAGCAAAACUGUCUCUUCGUUCAGAGGCAACUUUCUUUUUUUGUCCCGCAAUCUAGCUGCGUAUCCAAGGUGGGAGGCAAACCAAUGAUCUGAACCAACCAUUUGGAAAAACCCAAUGGGGACAUUAUACCAGGUGGGACCUGGAGAUGGGGGUCGGUUGGUUCCUUAUCCUCAAGGACACUCUUGUUUUGCUUCGAUUUGUUUUUUGUUUGGGGGGAGUUUGUUUGUUUGUUUGUUUGUUUUUGGUCUGGGAAUCCAAAAUAGAAAACCUGAUCGUUUAAGGCUCUGAAGGAGAAUCCGCUGCCCCAUCCAACAUGCCCCUGCCAUCAGUGGCCCAGCAAGGAGUACGAGAGUCUUCAGCCAACAUUUAAACAUGGGCAGCCUUCUUCAGGAUUAUCCCUGAGGCCCCCGUGACCUUGAAUCCCCUACUCUCCAGAAUCCAGGGGCUAAGACGGAGACGGUAGAAAUACGAAGACCGUCGCAUUUGCUAUUGGCCGUGACUGGUUCAUGGGGAGAGGGCUCAGAAGGGACUGUUCCGGUGCACACGGAAGGUACGGACCUCUCAGGCUUUUAGAAGAACUGCAGUAGUUCACACAAGCUUGUAGUUCACACAGAUUCUGAAGGUCCACGUGUCCGUCUGGAGACCGUCAGGAAGAACGUGUUGGGUUCCUCUGUGUCCGUGCCACUUCCCUGCGGCCGGGACGAGGUCAUGGCCUCGGGCUCCCUCUGGGACUCGUGCAGAGGGUAGGCAAGCACCUUUACCAUUAACAUGGAUUGAGGAGACACUGGACUUUUUACCCAUUUUCUUGAAUCUUCAAUAUUAAUGUUGUGUUUACAUUGAUGAGAACAAGAGUCCA